AUGGCCGCGGAGAGCAAAGUGCGGAAGCGUCAGGCAGCCGAGGGCAAGGAGGCCCAGAAGGAAAGUCCUCCGGGCAAUGUUUGGCAAAUCGGUCGCUUCCGGGUGAACUUGGGAAGGAUCCCAGAGCUGCUGAUGCUCUUUCUGCUGGCCUUUGUGGUGGCCUGUGUGGGGAUGGCGAGCUUUAAGAUGUCUGCCCACAUAGCCACCAUGUCGGGACUCUUCGUUGCGGUGCAGGUGCAGCGAGCUGGCAACUGGCUCCGCGAUUGGGUCGCCUACAAGACUUAA